AACAAAACCAAAAUGUUGGCUAAUUCUACUCCAUUUCCAACCUUUGAUUUAUCAAGAUUAGAUCAUGAUCCCACAGCCCAUAAACACAAUAAUGAAGCUUUCAUGAGCUGCAAUUACAAAGAACCAGAAACUUCAGAAUCAUUCCUUCAGUUUCCUUCUUCACAGCAACAGAUGGAUUUUGAUGGUCCUCCUUCCAGUACCAAAAAAUUAAGCCACAACGCAAGUGAACGCGAUCGUCGAAAAAGAUUGAAUGAUUUAUACACAGAUCUCCAAUCUCUACUUCCAGAAACUGAUAGAAAGAAGAAAUUGAGUAUCCCAGCAACUGUUUCUUGUGCACUCAUGUAUAUACCAGAAUUGCAAAAACAUGUCCAGAAGUUAACACAAAAGAAAGAAGAGAUUUUAUCAAGUAUCUACAAGCAAGGAGAUUCCAUGAAACAGGGGAAAACUGCCGGUGGUGGUGGAGGUGGCGACCGAGUUUCUAUGCCGAGUGUAGCGGCGAGUCAACUCGAUGAUAGGGAAGUUGUGAUUCAGAUUUGUGCAUUGAAAGCCAAAACUAUCCCUCUUUCUGAGGUUUUAUUAGUUUUGGAAGAAGUUGGGAUUUAUGUCCUCAGUGCUUCAGCUAUUACUUCUUAUGGUGAAAGGGUUUUCUACAAUCUCCAUCUUCAGGUGAAAGAAACUCAGAGAUUGGAAUGUGAGAUGUUAAGUCAGAAGCUGAAGCUGAUGUAUCAGAACAGAGAAGAGUCGCAAUCACCAUAUUUGAACACAAAACCAGAGCCAGAAUUUUAGUCUUUGGGGAACAUUUUAAAAA